CACACCUAUACCUACCUUUGGGGUCAGUGGUACAGAAGCAACAGUGCAGCAGUAAAGAAUCUUCAUCAACACACCUGUCUUCUGGUCACCUCUGCAGCUCGGAGCAGACAAAAUGACACAGGAUUAUUCUGGGUUCCCCUUAGUUAGGAAUGUGUUUAACAAUGGCACGGUGGCCCUCAACAACCCGGCGGAUAUCUCCGUCAUUGUGAUCUACUUUUUGGUUGUCUUGGCAGUCGGAGUAUGGGCUAUGGUGAGCACAAACCGAGCCACAGUAGGUGGAUUCUUCCUGGCAGGAAGAAGCAUGGUGUGGUGGCCUAUUGGGGCAUCUCUAUUUGCCAGCAACAUUGGCAGUGGGCAUUUUGUCGGCAUUGCAGGGACUGCGGCUGCAGCUGGAAUUGCCAUUGGCGGAUUUGAAUGGAAUGCCCUUGUGGUGGUGAUCCUUCUUGGAUGGCUCUUUGUGCCCAUUUACAUCAAAGCUGGGGUGGUGACCAUGCCAGAGUACUUGAAGAAGAGGUUCGGAGGGCAGCGCAUCCGCAUCUAUCUCUCAGUGCUCUCACUCUUCCUCUAUGUCUUCACUAAGAUCUCAGCGGAUAUGUUCUCUGGAGCCAUCUUUAUUAACCAGGCUCUGGGGCUGAAUAUCUACCUAGCUGUGGUUCUCCUACUAAGUAUCACUGCUCUAUACACAGUCACAGGUGGACUGGCUGCAGUGAUCUACACAGACACUUUGCAGACUAUCAUCAUGGUCGUGGGAUCUUUCAUCCUCAUGGGUUAUGCCUUCAAUAAGGUGGGAGGUUAUGAGAACUUCCAGGAACGCUACAUGAUGGCCAUGCCUACUCGGACUGGGGUCAACAUCAGUAAGAGAUGCUACACCCCGAGGCCUGACUCCUUCCACAUCUUCAGGGACGCGGUGACAGGGGACCUGCCCUGGCCAGGCCUGGUGUUUGGUCUCACUGUCCAGGCCACCUGGUAUUGGUGCACUGAUCAGGUGAUUGUCCAGCGCUGUCUAUCUGCCAAAAGUCUGUCUCAUGUCAAGGCUGGCUGCAUCCUGUGUGGCUACCUGAAGCUGUUGCCCAUGUUCGUUAUGGUCUUCCCUGGCAUGAUCAGCCGAAUCCUCUACCCAGACGAGGUGGCGUGUGUGGACCCAGAUGAGUGCCAGACGUACUGUGGUGCCAGCGUGGGCUGCACCAACAUCGCCUAUCCUAAACUAGUGUUAGACCUCAUGCCAAAUGGUCUGCGAGGCCUGAUGCUGUCGGUGAUGAUGGCGUCUCUGAUGAGCUCCCUGACCUCCAUCUUCAACAGUGCCAGCACCCUGUUCACCAUGGACAUCUACACCAAGAUACGCAGCUCUGCCUCCGAGAAGGAACUCAUGAUCGCUGGGAGGGUAUUUAUCCUGGUUCUGAUCGGGGUGAGUAUAGCGUGGAUCCCUGUGGUCCAGUCUGCUCAGAGCGGCCAGCUCUUUGACUACAUCCAGUCCAUCACCAGCUACCUGACCCCGCCCAUCGCAGCCACCUUCGUGCUCGCCGUCUUCUGUAAGCGUGUCAACGAGUCGGGUGUGUUCUAUGGGCUUAUGAUAGGCCUGGCCAUUGGUCUAUCCAGGAUGAUUGCUGAGUUUGCCUAUGGGACGGGCAGCUGUGUGACCCCUACUAACUGUCCUGAGAUCAUUUGUGGGGUCCACUACCUCUACUUCUCCAUCAUUCUGUUCUGCAUUUCGUGCUUGGUGAUACUCACCAUCUCCCUCAUGACCAAACCCAUUGAAGACAAACAUUUGUACCGGUUGUGCUGGAAGCUGAGGAACCACACAGAGGAGAGGUUGGAUCUGGAGAUAGAUGAUUGGACAGAAAACCAAGAAGCAGACUAUAUGGAUAUUGAAGAGCCCACAGAGGAGCCAGGCUGUUGUAAGAAGGCAGUGUUGAACUUCUGUGGUUUGGAAAAGUCGAAUGCUCCCACGCUGAGUGCUGAGGAGCAGGCUGAGCUGCAGAGGAAACUCACAGACACAUCAGAGAAGCCCUUGUGGAGGAAUGUGGUCAAUGCCAAUGGCAUUAUCCUCCUGUGUGUCUGUGUCUUCUUCCACGGUUUCUACGGUUAAACAUCUCCUCAUCCUGGACCUCCACUGCCCUAGAGUCUGGACUGUCUAACCAUAAACUUGAGUAGUCUCGUCUUUCAACCCUGAAAUCCCCCCCAGACUCACGAUGCACUGUACAUGGCAACCUCUCUUACACGCCCUCCCUCUAUCCAUCAUCUGGGGGCCUGAACUGUUUUAUCCACACCCCCGUAACGUGGUCAAUGCUACGACCGCCUUGGCUUCAAGAUACCCUGCUCCAUACCUGUUAGACUGUCCUAGACACUAUCUGGGAGUCACAAAACUCCUUUGUUUGGUGUUCUUUGCUUUGUGGACUUUUACAUUUUGUGUAUGUACGAUGAAUGUGUAAUGAUGAUAAUAAUGAGGAUGAUGAUGCUGAUGGAGGAUCUGAAUAGGACUUAGUGUAAAAUUGUAUCCAAUGUUCACUUUGAUCUUUCUGCCCUUCAUGAAGUUACUAUAGUUUGGUAUAUUGCAACCACUAGGUGGAGCUACAGUAUGAAUAAAUUUAAGAUUGAACAGUAUCAUUACCAAGGGAACACUGUAUAGGCAGUGGAUUUAAUGGCAUUGAGACAUAAAAUGUAAUGGAAUGAGAGGACAAAUACCAUAUACAUGAGCAUGCAGGACAUGUACUAACUUUGUUAUCUAAUUAAUAAUGUAUUCCAUCUUAGUUAGAAAAAAGUUGAACACUAACAUAUUUUUCAGAGAGGGAGGGACGCACCAACUCACACAUUCGAUCUCCUACCUUGAAUCGAGCCUGGUUUUUGUGACGUGCUAUCAAACACAUUUUUUUUGUUGCUAUAUUUAAUGUUUUCUCUAGCUGUCAUUUUGUUUUGCUACGUGCUAAUGAAUGAUAUCUCAAGGAUGGAAGGAGCAGGAAAUCUUCUCAUAAUACUGGAGUAAUAAUCCACUCAAUACACACACACAUACGAGCCAGCCUGCUUGUCACAACACCUGGAGGACCAACAAUGUAAAAUGCCACGGCCAAGGUUGGUUUACACUCUGUUAGUGUAAGUAUACCUGUUGCAAGAAGUAUACCCUAACCCUAGAAUGGUAUUAGAGUUGUUCCAUGUAAUUUCACCAUGACAACCACCAUCUCUGUUUCUAACUAAAGAAAUUGUUAAUUUAAACUGAGUUUAAAUGUAUUUGGCUUAGGUGUAUGUAAACUUCUGACUUCAACUGUAUAUAAAAUUGUUUUAAGAUGGUCAUACCAUGGAUCAUUUAGCUAUUUGAUUUAGAAAUGUAGGACCACUGUAGGUAUUCCAAUUUUCAGGAUGUCUCCUGGUCUGACAAACAGUGCUGGAACUCUGCCACUUUCCAAUACAGAUGCGGACAUAGGCGGAUGUAGUGGAUUGAGACGGAGCCAUGCAAAGAAACAGAUAUCUUUAGCUGAUUAAUUUUGAUGAGGAUUUUUAAGGCCCACAACAUCAAAGAUCCACCACCAUAUUUUACAGUUGGUAUGAGAUUAUUUUCUGUAUAUGCAUCCUUCUUUUGACGCCAAUCCCACUAUUUGACGCCAAAUUUGACGCCAAAUAGAUCUAUUUUCAUGUCAUCCAACAAAUGUAAAUGCCUGGCGUUUGCUAAACAGUACUGGUAAUUGGAUUGGAACCGGUGCUAUGGUCAGAUGACAUGAAAAUAGGGCUCUUUGACCAUGCACACCAGUGGUGGGUUUAGUGUUGAAAGAUGGAAGCAUAUGCAGAGAAAAUACCUACUGUAAAAUAUGAUGGUGGAUCUUUGAUGUUUUGGGUCUAUUUUGCUUCCUCUGAACCUGGGGCCCUUGAUAAGGUCAAUGGAAUCAUGCACUGACACAAAUCACUGAUGAUUGGCUGAAAUAAAUUAAUAAUAAUAAGAUUGUGGGAGCUGUUUUGUAAGACUUCAGUGUAGCUUUUGACAUUGUCGAUAAUAGUCUGCUACUGUUAUGGCUUUACAUCCUCUGCCAUAUCUUGGAUUGGGAGUUACCUAUCUAACAGAACACAGAGGGUCUUCUUUAAUGGAAGCCUCUCUAACGUAAACCAGGUCAAGUUUGGCAUACCUCAAGGUAGCUGUCUUGUCCCCUUGCUUUUUCUAUUUUUUACUAACGACCUAGCCUUGAGUAAAGCCUGUAUGUCUAUGUACGCUGAUAACUCAACAUUACAUACAUACUGUACAUACCCCACAAGACAUGCCACCAGGGGUCUCUUCACAGUGGGAAACACACAGUAUUUCAUAGAGCCAUGACUACAUGGAUCUCUCUAUCACAUCAAGUAACUCAAGUGAGCAGUAAAAUCAGAUUUAAAAAAACAGAUAAAACACCACCUCACAACGCGGACUGUGAAGAGACAUACACAUAUAACAAACACACACUCUACACACACAUUAUAAUGUUGUAUUUCUGUAAUAUUGUACAUUUUAUACUGUACAUUUGUAGUAAUGGAGAAAUGUACAUAUGUAUAUUGCAUUAUAUCUAGUUGAUGCACCGUUUUGUUUAUGAUGUUGGCAAUUUUUUUACUAUGAUGUGUUUGUAACAUUCUUGUUUGGAUCCCAGGAAUCCCAUUCUUGUUUGACACCCUUGUCAGCAGCUAAUGGAAAUUCUCAUAAAUACUCAACUUUAUCAAGUACCAGGACAUUUUAACCCAAAACCUGGUUGCCUCUGCUAGGAGGCUGAAACUUGGCCGCAAGAUAUUAACCCCAAGCACACAUCAAAAUCUACAAAGAAAUUGUUAAUUGGCCUGUAUGCUCUCGUUGGCUGGCCCUCGCUUCAUAUUCGUCGCCAAACCCACUGGCUCCAGGUCUUCUAUAAGUCUUUGCUAGGUAAAGCCCUACCUUAUCUCAGCUCACUGGUCACCAUAGUAACACCCACCCAUGUGCUCCAGCAGGUAUAUUUCACUGGUCAUCCCCAAAGCUAACACCUCCUUCCAAUUCUCUGCUGCCAAUGACUGUAACGAAUUGCAAAAAUCACUGAAGCUGGAGACUUAUAUCUCCCUCACUAAUUUCAAGCAUCAGCUGUCAGAGCAGCUUACCAAUCCCUGUACCUGUACACAGCCCAUCUGUAAAUAGCACACCGAACUACCUCAUCCCCAUAUUGUAAUUGUUUUUCUCUUUUGCACCUCAGUAUCUCUACUUGCACAUCAUCAUCUGCACAUCUAUCACUCCACGGUCUCGUGUGGCUCAGUUGGUAGAGCAUGGCGCUUGCAACGCCAGGGUUGUGGGUUCAAUUCCCACGGGGGGACCAGGGUUCAAUUCCCACGGGGGGACCAGGAUGAAUAUGUAUGAACUUUCCAAUUUGUAAGUCGCUCUGGAUAAGAGCGUCUGCUAAAUUACUUAAAUGUAAUUGUUUCGCCUCUAUGACCUAUUUAUUGCCUUACCUCCCUAAUCUUACUACAUUUGCACACACUGUACAUAGAUUUUUGUGUUAUUGACUGUACGUUUGUUUAUCCCAUGUGUAACUCUGUUGUUUUUCUCGCACUGCUUUGUUUUAUCUUGGCCAGGUCGCAGUUGUAAAUGAGAAAUUGUUCUCAACUGGCCUACCUGGUUAAAUAAAGGUGAAAUAAAAAAUAUUAUUUGGCCACAACUUCAAGGUGGGUGCUGGAGAACUAGACAAGGGUGCCAGUAAUUUUGACUCCUAUCUUCUUGAGUAAAAAAAAAUAUUACUUGUUAAACAAAAUAUUAUUCUUUAAGCAAUUGUAUUAGUAUAAAAUAAAACAAUAAAAAAUGAGCAGACAAUAUAGAUCAGUAUGUGUUAUUUAUUUAAUAUAGUCUUUUCUGCUCCUCUUUAUCAAUGUUGCCAAUCAUUUUGGUUGUGACUACAUCAUACAUUAUUAUCUCUAUUUCUCUACAGAUUAUGUUGUGUCAUAACUCUUUAGUUUCUUUUCAUCAUAACAACAAAAUGAUGGCAUCUUAAUGUUUGUGUAGAAAGACACAGAUAUUCCUCUUUCACAGCCAAAGUACAAAGAAUCAAGCAACUUUAAUGACAUGUUCGCUCAAUGUGUGCCUUAUAUGAAAACACACAGAUGUUCUUUAUACUUCAUGUGUGUUGUGUUAAAUAUGAGGGAUUUGUUUUGUGCGAUAGCUUACAUAAGAUAUUCUACAUUUGAAU